AUGUCAAUCUCAACGUUGCGACGGCAGGUCAAGAAUGUGGCCUAUAACUUUAGCGACGCUCAAGUUAAAGUGCGGGAGGCUACAAGGUUGGUUUUAAAAUAAUCUGAUUUUCAUAUUAUUUUUGGUCAAAGAAGUAUAUUUUGUUAUGUUUCGAUAAUUACUGCGAAUUUGUAGUAACGAUCCAUGGGGACCCACCACUGCGUUGAUGUCUGAGAUUGCCGAUCUGACCCACAAUCCCAUGAGCUUCACCGAGAUUAUGUCUAUGAUCUGGAAGCGACUUAACGAUCACGGCAAGAACUGGCGACACGUCUACAAGAGCUUGGUGCUUUUGGACUAUUUAGUCAAAUGUGGCAGCGACAAGGUCGCUCAACAAUGUAAAGAAAACAUAUACAGCAUAGAGACGCUGAAAGACUUCCAACAUAUCGAGGAGAACCGGGACCAAGGUCUGAACGUGAGAGAGAAGGCCAAGCAGAUGAUGGCCUUGUUGAACGACGAAGAACGUCUGAAGAACGAGCGGGCACGAUUUCAGAUGACUAGGAAGAGGUUUGCUCAGACUGGAUCGGGUAUAGCAUCGGACGGCACGGUUCGAGGAGGCCGACGACACGAUACGGGUGCUGUAGUGGGUAAGUGUAGAUGCUAAUGUAGCUUAUGAAUGUAGAUUCUGAACUGGAGGAAGCUCGGCCUUCAAGCAUCGGAGAGGAAGAGAUGCAGCUGCAGAUUGCAUUGGCUUUGUCUCGAGAGGAGUGCGAGAAGGAAGAAGAGUUAAGGAAAGGAGAUGCCAUCAGACUUCAGAUGGCACUGGAAGAGAGCAAGAAGAAGGAAGAACUAGCUGCGAUGGCUGCCAAAGCACCUGAGAGCACUUUGGACGAUCUUCUGUCACUCAACUUGGGCGAUGCUACUGCUCCAGGUCCAAGUGGACUAGGAACUUCUGGUCUUAACGACCCUUGGGCUCCAGUAGCUAUGCCAGCUUCAGUGACCAACGCUGAUCCUUGGUCACCUGUAAAUAAACCUCAAGUCGAUCCUUGUAAGUGCAUUCUAAAGUUAUUUAAAAGCUAAGAACAUAUGUGUUAAAAGCAAACUGAUAGUGUAGUGUUUUGAUAAAGAACCUCACAAAUUUUAUUUUUACAUUUUAGUGGCUGAUUUGCUGGGAGGAGGCCCUCCGGCUCCAGCUCAAAACGACCCUUGGAAUCCAGUUCAACAACAACAAGAACCCGUGGCUGCUGCCGUCGCUGCUAACCCUCAAUUGAACGAUCCUUGGGCGGCGUUCGAAGCCGAUUCGACUCAAAACAUGGUGGCCACGCCAAGUCCAAUUCCACAAAACCGGGUAAAUUCGAAGACUCCAGAGAGUUUUCUGGGAGAGAACUCAUCGCUUGUAAAUUUGGAUAAUCUGAUGGGACCUUCGGUUGCACAGAACAAGCCAGGUUAGUUUUAUAUUCGAAUUUGGUGUUGCUAUGAAGUUCUGCUUGAUCCUAUGCUAUAUGUACAUAGUUUGUUGUUUUGUUUAUGGUAUUUCGACUGUGAAUUCUUUUUAAAUUAUGUUAUAAGGUCACUUGUUUUAGCUGUGAAUCCAUUUGCGUCGGCGCUACAAACUUCGACGACUCCGACGAAUACGACUAAUCCGUUCAGUGCUCAACAAAAGCCCUCGCCUUCCCUUAAUGAGAUGAUGCACGCUCAGAGAACGGGCGGAUCUAAUGGCGGUGCUACUCCCAAUCCUGUCACCAACCCCUUCGCUUAG